AUGACGAGGAACGACCCCAAAAUGAUGGGAAAUGACCCCAAAAUGGCGGGGAACGACCCCAAAAUGAUGGGAAAUGACCCCAAAAUGACGGGGAAUGACUCCAGAAUGACGGGGAGCAAUUUUGGGACACCUGAGGACCCCUCAAAGUGGUCUGAGGGGGAGGUGCCGGGGGAGGCCCUGAGCGAGGAGGAGGAGGAGGAGGAAGAGGAAGAGGAGGAGGACGAGGAGGAAGAGGAGGAGGAAGAGGAGGAGGAGGAGGAGGAUGAAGAGUCCGGGAACGCCUCGGAUCGGAGCGCGUCCAGCGCCCGACGCCGCGCCCGGCGCCGCUGGAAGGAGAGCCCGUGGCUGAAACCCGCCAGGAAGAGGAAGAGGAAGGAGCCCCGGGGCAAGGACAGAGGCCCAGCAGAGGCCGAGCGUUUUGAGGAGCUGCCGCUGUGCUCGUGUCGCAUGGAGGCACCAAAGGUGGAGAGGGGCAGCGACCGCGGGCUGUGCAUGGCCACUGAGAGCGUGGAUGGACAGCUGAGUGGCUGUGGCAGCAGCAUCCUCAAGCGUGAGACCAUGCGUCCCUCGAGCCGCGUGCCCCUGAUGGUUCUGUGCGAGAGCCACCGAGCCCGGAUGGUCAAGCACCAGUGCUGUCCUGGCUGUGGCCACUUCUGCACCGCUGGGACAUUCCUGGAGUGCCACCCCGACGUUCGCAUCGGGCACCGUUUCCACCGCUCGUGCGUGUCCCGCCUGGGGGGUCUCAUUUUCUGUCCCCACUGCGGCGAGGACGCGUCCGAGGCCCAGGAGGUGACGCUGCCCCUCCCCCGCUCCGAGGGGACAUUCCCGGUGCCACCCGCGCCCCCCAACCCCCCCCCGGGCCGGGCCCGAGCCGGGAGGCAGGAGGGGAACACGCCCAGUGCCCGGAUGCGGGGGCAGGGCGAGGGUCGCGCCCCUCCCCCCGACCCCCGGGCCGAGCCCAUCGACAGCUCCGGGGGUCCCGUGCUGGCCCUGCCCUCGGGGGGCGCCCUGAGCGCCAGGGGGCUCCCCCCGGGCCCCGCCAGGGACGCCCUGGAGAAAGCUCUGCUGGGCCAGGAGGCCGAGAGGAGGAAGAAGCUUCGUUUCCACCCCCGGCAGCUUUACCUGAGCGUCAAACAGGGCGAGCUGGGCAGGGUCAUCCUCAUGCUGCUGGACAACCUGGACCCCAAUUUCCAGAGCGACGCCCAGAGCAAGCGCUCGGCUCUGCACGCGGCCGCACAGAAGGGACACCUGGAGAUCUGUCACCUGCUGCUGCAGGCCGGGGCCAACAUCAACGCCGUGGACAAGCAGCGCCGCACGCCGCUCAUGGAGGCCGUGGCCCACGACCAGCUGGAGGCCGCGCGCUACCUGCUCCGCAGAGGGGGCUGCGUCUACAGCAAGGUGACGUCACCGUGACGUCAUCACACGCGACUCUGUGACGUCAUCGCGCCCGACAACGGGGGCUGGACCCCGAUCAUUUGGGCGGCCGAGCACAAACACAUCGAGGUCAUUCGGAGACUGCUGACCCGCGGGGCUGACGUCACCCUGACGGACAACGAGGAGAACAUCUGCCUGCACUGGGCGUCGUUCACGGGCAGCGCCGAGAUCGCCGAGGUUCUGCUCAACGCCCAGUGCGACCUGCACGCCGUCAACUUCCACGGGGACACGCCCCUGCACAUCGCGGCCCGCGAGAGCUACCACGACUGCGUCAGCCUGUUCCUGUCGCGGGGGGCCGACCCCGAGGUGCGGAACAAGGAGGGCGAUUCCCCCCUGGACCUGACCCCGGAGCGCUCCGAGGUUUGGGUGGCGCUGCAGCUCAACAGGAAAUUGAGGCUGGGGGCUGCGGGCAGGGCCCUGCAGACCCCCCCUGGUCGCCCCAGGGACGUGGCUCGUGGCCACGAGAACGUUCCCAUCCCGUGCGUGAACGGCGUGGACGAGGAGCCGUGUCCCCAGGACUACAAAUACAUCGCCGAGAACUGCGAGACCUCCACCAUGAACAUCGACCACAACAUCACCCACCUGCAGCACUGCACCUGCCAGGACGAUUGCUCCUCCUCCAAUUGCCUCUGUGGGCAGCUCAGCAUCCGCUGCUGGUACGACAAGGACGGGCGGCUGCUGCAGGAGUUCAAUAAAAUCGAGCCCCCCCUGAUCUUCGAGUGCAACCAGGCCUGCACCUGCUGGAGGAGCUGCAAGAACAGAGUGGUGCAGAGUGGCAUCAAGGUGCGGCUCCAGCUCUACCGAACGGCCAAGAUGGGCUGGGGGGUGCGAGCCCUGCAGGCCAUUCCCCCCGGGACCUUCAUCUGCGAGUUUACCGGGAAUUACCGGGGAUGGAAGCGGGCCUCCGGGCCCGGCCCCUCCCCCACGGCGGCUGUGUCGCGCCAGGACGGCGAGGUUUACUGCAUCGACGCCCGUUACUAUGGCAACGUCAGCCGCUUCAUCAACCACCUGUGCGACCCCAACAUCAUCCCCGUGCGGGUGUUCAUGUUACACCAGGACCUGCGCUUCCCCCGCAUCGCCUUCUUCAGCAGCCGCCACAUCCGGCCCGGAGAGGAGCUGGGGUUCGACUACGGGGACCGAUUUUGGGACAUCAAGAGCAAAUAUUUCCCGUGCCAGUGCGGCUCCGAGAAGUGCAAACACUCGGCCGAGGCGGGCGGGGGAGCCAGGAAAUCGCUGCUGUUCACAUAA